CGCGCGCGACGGUCGAGAGCCCGCGAGGCGCGCCCGCGCGUCCGGACCCGCCUUUCCAGCGCACGUGCACGCCCCCACAGCGUCGGCCGGACUCCGACACCCCCCCGCGGCCUUCCCGGACGCGCAUCGCCGCGCCCGAACCCUCGUUGGAAAAAAAGCUGCGGCCGAGGAUGACCUCGACGUGCGUCGUGCGCGCGAGCGCGCCCGGCAGGGACCAUCCGAGGGUGACGACCCCUCGACCGCGGAAAGUCCCCGGCCCGAAGCCCCUCUCCGCGCUUCUGUCCCUCCUCUCCGCGUCGAAGGACGACUCGCAGAAGGCCGAAGCGCUCGACCCCGCCACGCUGGCGCAGGUCCGCAUCGUCGCCUCCUCGCCGAAACUGCGGACGGUGAACGGCGAUCCCGUCAGAGCCGCCGGGCUGGGCGGUAACCGCAACGUCCGCCAGCCCAAGGCCCUGGCGCCCACCGCGAGAGCGCACGGCGUCAACUACUUCUUCGCGUACUCGAUGCGCGACGAUCAAAUCGGCGACUACCUCGACGGACUCGCCGAGCUCUGCUCGGAUCCUAAGAUGCGCAAGAAGAUCUUCGUCGCCGUCGGCACCGAGGACUUCACGGACCGCGAGGCCCUCACCGCGCACGUCGAGCGCUGCCUGAGCCGACUCGGCACCAGCUACAUCGACGCGUUCUUCCUCGAGUACGUGCCGAGGGGCGCGGAGGCGGAGGCGGUGGAGACGAUUCGAUGGAUGAGAAACGAGGGAGGUUUGGUCGUCAGCGAAGGCGGCAGGGCGGGCGUGGACGGCGUGAUUCGAUACGUGGGCGCAUCCACGCACGACAGGUGCGCGGGAAACAGGCUGCUUCGAUCGCAGCGCAACGGCCGCGGGUUCAUCGGUGAGGAACCGUGCGAGGAAGAGGAGGAGGGGGAGGAGGAGGAGCGCGACGACGGCGACGAGAAGACCGCGACGGAUUUGGAUUUCGAGCCGUGCGAACUCGACUUUCUCAUGGCGAGGUAUAACAUGGCGCACGUCAAGUCCGAGCGGACGCUGUUCCCGCUCGCGACGGCCAGGGACGUGCCCGUGGUGGCGUUCACGACCACGCGGUGGAACUCGUUGCAGAAAGAACCCGCCCCGGAGGGCUGGACCGAGGGUGCCCCGCCGACGACGGCGGAGUGCAUGCGAUGGGCGCUCGCGGCGGACGACGCCGUGGAGGUUGUGCUCAACUCGGCGCCGACGACGGAGACGCUCGGGGCGUGGUGCGAGGAUUGGGCGGCUCGCGGGGACAAGGUCGCGAUGGGCGCGGACGAGGUGGCAAAGUGGAGGCGGUACGGCGAGCUGGUGUACGAGGAGGACGCGCCGUUCGAGACGUACACGUGAUGAGCCUCUUAUUCUUUAAGUCGCUCCUCUUAUUAGUCGACUUGAUAAAGUUACCCGGUCUUCUUCGCGUAAAACCGUCAGUGGGCGAACCCGCCGCCCUUUUCGUCGUCGUCGUCGUGCGAGUCUAGCGAUUCGGCCGCCCGAGUGGCAGCCUCGCGGAGCUCCCGAAUCGUCGGGUCCUCGUCCGCGUCUCCCACCGCCACGUCUUUGAUCGCCGCCGCCUUCGCAGCCUCCUUCUUCGAGUCGGGCAUCCGCUCCAAACCCUUCAGCCCGAAAAAGCUGGCCCCCCUGCUCCCCGUGCCCCCCAUCGCGGCCAUCAACUCCGCCUCGCUCGCGCCGCCCAUCAUCAGCGACUCCACCGCCGCCUGCGCGCGCGUGAUCGCCUCGCUCUCCUGCUUGAGCUCCUGGUUCUGCUCAGCCUGCUUCAGCUGCAGCGAGAGCUCCUCGUAUUUCUUCAUCAGCUCCUGCCGACGCGAGCUAAACUGAGACGGAAACAGCGCGGGAAAGUACCGCUGGAUGAACGAGAAGAUCAGCACGUGACCGACGGGGGUGAGCGGGAUGAUGAGGAUGAUGAUGAACGGCACGAACGUGAAGAUGUCCAGCGUCGUUCGCCGAAUCGUCUGCACCUCGCGCGGGCGAAGCGUGCUGCCCAUCACGGCUCUCCCGAAAAACCUG